AUGGCAUACAUUCAGUCUUCGGCCAUGCAACUUAGCUUCAAUGGGAUUACAAACGAAGAACUUUUUCCUAAUCGUGGUGUGCUGCAAGAAGAUCCAAUCUCUCUGUAUUUGUUCGUAUUAUGCAUCGAACGACAGGCCCAUCUAAUCCAAUGCCAUGUGGAGGCCGGUUACUGGCGGCCAAUUAGGGUUGGAGGUAGCGAGGUCCACGUGCCACUUCUCGUGUUCGCAGACGACCUACUUUUGUUCUUAGAAGCCAGCGAUGAUCAGGUACAGUUGGUCAAUUCAGUGCUAAUGGAUUUUUACUCCAUGUCUGGACUCAAGGUCAGCCACGCCAAGACGAACGUCUAUUUCUCUAAGAAUACCCCUCACUCCGGUCAGCAAGAUCUAGCUCGGACCAUGGGGUUUUCGAACGUCACCAAUCUCAGUAAAUACCUUGGAGUACCAGUAGUGCAUAGUUGUGUUACCAAUCUUACUUACGAGAACAUCCUCGAGAAGGCGGAUGCUAGGAUUGCUAGUUAUAAAGCCAACACGUUGUCUUUAGCUGGCAGUCUUGUUCUUAUGCAGUCGGUGAUUAGCUCUCUGUCGUUCUACACAAUGCAAACUGUUUGGUUGCCUAAUGGGACGUGUGUUGGCUUGAAAAAGCAUUGUCGCAAUUUCUUGUGGGGUGGAUUUACAUCCAACCGAAAAAUUCAUCUGGUGUCUUGGGACAAGAUAUGCCAACCUAAAGAGUACGGCAGGUUGGCAUUAAAAAGCAGCGUGAAAUGA